AACACUGCACAAACGAUGAGUAAGGGUAUCUAUCGCUCCCUAUUAAAAGAGGUGCGCACCACCUGUGGAUCUCACACUGCUCUAUUUGUUCGUUUUGAUAACAGCUUUUGUGGACACGAAACUUGGAAAAGCGAUGAAGUGCAUCACUCUCUUCCUUGUGUUGUCGCUGGUCGUCCUCAUGGCUGAACCCGGGGAGUGUUUUUUUUUCGGACGCAUUUUACAUGGACUUAUUGACCUCGGCAAGCAGAUCCAUAAGCUUAUCCACAAAGGCCAAGAUGAUGCAAUGGCAGAGCAGCAAAAGCUGGAACAACGUGUCUUUGACCGAGAGCGAGCUUUCGCCUGAGUCUAUGAUGGUCCAUCUAAAAGAGCAACUCGGAAACUUUGUCUGAAAAGAAAUGCUUCUGGCACUUCAUCAUUAAAAAUAUUAAAUUGAGCCACUGGGCUGAGCAUUGAUCAAAAAUAUGUUUACAUUGUUUAUUUUGAUUUUUUUUUUAAAAAGCCAUUUGAAUUAAAUUCCCAAACUGCAAUACGCCAACAA